ACACUUUCCUCUGUGGAGACAUAUGUAUCUUUGCAGAUGCAUUUAUGUAUGUAUUAAUUCCCUCAUUCUGCCGCUGUUUCUCUUGACACGUGUGAACGUAGAACCCCAGUGAAAUUGUUGGACUGGGUUUUAAUCAACACACUCUCUGCAGUGUCUGACUUAAAUUGGCUUUUAAUGAAACUUUGUGGAGUGCAUGUAAUUGCUAGUUUGACUGAAAUCAGGAUAUUUGAGGCCAUUAAUUAUUAGUCAACAAUUAGUCUGUCAAUGGACAGAAAAUCAAUCUGCAGCUAUUUCACUAAUCAAAUCGUUUUCCCAUUGUGAACAUUUGCUGCUUUUCUGUUUUUCUAUAGUUAUAGUUAGUAUAGUUUAAAUGUUUUUGGGGUUUUGGACUGUUGGUCAGACAAAACGAGACAUUUUGAAGAUGUCACAUUUUUAGACUCUUGAGAAAUUAUGAGCACACUAUUUUCUGGAAAAACUAUUUCUAACCCGUAAUCUCAGUUUAAUCGAUAAAGAAACAAAUCGUUCAUUUAAAAGUAAUAAAGGAUAUUGUUUUUAACAAACACUUUUCAUAAAAGUAUCCUUUAAACUUUGUCAUAAGAACUGUAAGUAAUUGUGAUUGGACGGCUGGGUAAAAACAUGACAGUGACGAGCGCAGCGUUUUAUCCAAAAUUGAACAUUUUUAAACGCUGCGACCAGAAAAAACGCUCGGCGUAAAAUAGAAGCUCAGCGCAUUGUCACGCUGCUGGUGUUUGUAGCAGUGUAAAAAUGCGGCGCUCCUAUUACAAACAAUACACGAAAAAAAUGUCCUCUCUGGUUGAAAAAUUACUGUAUUUAAUCGCAUUUCUGAUAUAUCGGUUAUAAACUAACUCAGAGAUAAUUGUUGGUUGGGCUCUAGUGUCUCCAUUGUGUCAGUUUUUAAAUUGCGUUAAUUAGCCUCAGUUUAAUGCUCGCUGACGUGAUCAUGCCAAGUCUAUUUGGACACUUUUUCAGUUUACAAGGUGAUUGCCUUUGAAUAACAUCAACAUAAUUAACUCACUGCACAUAAUCUGUUGUAUGAGAUAAGCAUUAGGAAUCACAGGCAUUCAUCUUUGACACAAAGAUUUAGUUGAGAAGCUAAAAGCUAUAAACUCAUCUACUUGUGCUUUGUUUUGAGUCCAUACACAGACAAGUUUGACCUUUUCACACCAAAUAUCUUUGCAGAAAAAACAGCUUUUAUUUAGAGAUAUUUUAGGUUGUAGCUCAGAAAGAAAGCAAUGGUUGAGUGUUAAAAGUCAAUUGUGGCUUUAUGAUCCCCUGAGGCUACCUGUGCCUUAAAACCAAAACCUGUUCUGCUUUGAAAAAAUCAUGCCAUGCCACUCAGUGCAGAGAAAGCAUGUGUCGAGAGGCAAGUGUUGAGGACCAGAAACUUGUCUGGUGAGAAUGUUUCGCACACAAGCAAAAGAUACCUUUUUUAAAAUUGUAUCUUGCUUGUGCACAACACAGUUUUGCAACUACAGUGUGUGUUUGCAAUUGGAGUAGUACAGCUCUGCAAAGAAGCAGCUACAGGAAAACAGAAAAGUGUGAGGAAAGCUGAACAGACAUGAAGUGGAGACUGUCUGUCCUGUUCCUCACAGGACUGUGUUCUCUUACCCACUGCCUUCCUCAUCAGUACCACUUCAUCGGUACCACUCUGCCGUGGUUGAAGGCGCAGAUGUACUGCAGAGAGCGGUACACUGACCUGGCCACCGUCUUCAACAUAGAGGAUGUGAACCGGCUGGUGAACACAGCUCAGGACGCCACUGGAGGCUUUACGGGGGAGGCCUGGAUCGGGCUACACAAUAACCUCAACAGCUUGAGGACAUGGGAAUGGUCAGAUAAAAGUGACUCCACCUACCAGUACUGGAAGGAAGGUCAGCCUGAUAAUGUCGGAGGGAAGCAGGACUGCACUGCGACUGAUCUGGGCAACGCAGGCCUGUGGUCAGAUGAACAGUGCAGCAAGGAGCUCGUUUUCAUCUGCUAUGGAGCAAAUGACAAAACUCCAGACGAGCCAGUUUUUUCCUCCACUACCACAGUGACACCAAACAAAAUAUCCACAAUCGAGGGAGACUCACCCAGUACAGAGAUUACUUUUCUGUAUUCAACCUCACUGGUGGAUCAAACAACAUCCAUUCCCGAUGAAACUCCAAACCAGCCAGCUCUGUCUACCACCAAAAUGACCACCAUUGAGGGAGACUCAACCAGUACAGAGGUUUCAUCUCAGCAGUAUUCAACUCCAAAGGUGGAUCAAACAAGAAGUAUUCCUGUCAAUGCAGUUAAUGCAGAACAUGUGAUUAACCUGGGAGUGAAAUUCACCUCUGAGAUACAACUGAGUGAAAACGACAUCAAAGAGCUGGUGUUAGUGCAGUUUCGCAAUCUACUGAUAAAAAAGGGACUUCCUACGAGCAUGAAGGUGGGCUUGAAGAGACCAUAGAAAUAAUGAGAAUCCAACUGACUGAGAUGGGGGGAUGAAUGACGGACCAGUGAAGUGAUGAAGAAGGGAGAGGCUGAAGUCCUGAAAAGAAUGUUGAACUUGAGCUUUUGUAUUUUUCUGCUUUGACCACACAAAAAUGAAUUCAAGAUCAAUUUGCUUCACGUUUAACAACAGAGCAAUGGACAUUUUUCCUGUCUAACAGCAAUAAAGGUAUUUUCAA